UUGCGAUCGCGGUUCAGAUUUGCAAGUCGGGUUUUAAAAUUUUCAUUAGAUUUGAAAGAAAUUGGCAGCAAGUUAGGAGUAAUAUACAAUAUAAUGAGUGGAGUAACAAGGGAUGAAGUUAGACAACAAGUUUCUUCAGUGGGAAACUCCUGGAUAGUAUGCAAAUCUAAAUCCCAUCCAGGGUAUGUUUACUAUUUUAACAGUUUAACUGGAGAAGCUGCGUGGAAUUUAAGUGAUGCGGAGAUUGAGAAGGCAAAAUGCCAGACAAAACGUCUUCAGAGCAUUCCAGGUGCUAAACCAACAAAAUUUCCAGAACCAAAAGAUAACCCACCUAGGUAUCUUUUGAAUAAUUUGAAAGCACCUCACACACCAUUAAUAAUUAACAAAGUAACAGAACAACAGCCAGUUUUUAAUAACUCAAAUUUUGGGAAUAGUAAUGGAACUUUAUGUACCAAUUUGAAUCAGGUGUCAGGGGUGUUGCGUGGUACACAGAUUAAUAAUCCUACCUCAGUAAAACCUGUGCAUAUGCCUUUCAACCAACCUAUAGGUACAUAUAGUUUAAACAAUACUACUCUCAAUUAUAAUCCAAAAGUGUGGGAUGUUCCUCCGACACAACAAAUUUUUGUGGCACCCACAAUGACUCCUCUUCUGAACCAUACUGCAAAUCCUGUAAAUGUUAGUUUUAACAACUUAUCACAGCCAAUCCAAGGACUUUUUUUUAAUAAUGCUGAAAAUGUCAGUCAUAACAAGCAAGAAGUAUUUACAAGAGAGUCAAGAACACAUAACCCCAGAGAGCGUAAUUAUGGCCAAAGAGUUCAUAGAGGAAUAAGUAAAAAGUGUGCAUUUCCAAAUAAUAAUAGCAAUAAUCUAAGGCAGAAGAUAGGCAUAAGAAAAAGAUUUUAUGGGGAGAAUUCUAGUUUUUUGGAAGGAUCUGGUAAUAGAGGUAAUGCAAGACAAUCUGAAACUUCACCUCAAAUUGAUGCUCCAAAUAAUAAAGAAACUGGUUUAGCUGAUAUAAAUACUGGCACUAUGGAGGAGCUCUCGGAGACACGUUUACAGGAAGCACAGUCAAAGCUUAAUGUAAUGCCUUUAAAAUGUCUGGCUCCACCUGAUGCUAAUCUAGAUGCUUGGUUUAUAUUGGUCGAUUUGGGUGUGCUCCUGAAUGAAUUUAAAUUUCUCACUGUGUUGACAGAUUCAGAUGAAAAAUGCCACCUCAUGGUUCCGAAAAGGGUUAUGGAAGAACUUAAAACAUAUGUGUCUUGUACAGGAAUUAUACAAGCCAGACGUAUUUUACGAUUUUUGUCACAACAGAUUGAGAUUGGAUACGCUUGCAUGGCUGAAGAGCCAUCUAACGUUAAUAGAGAUGAUAUGGCGGAUGUGAUUCUUAAAACUUGUGAAGAUCUAUUGGAUAAAAAAUAUCACGUGAUUCUUAUCUCCGACGACAGUGGGGUUUUAACAAAGGCGUCGCCAAACAUACACAUCUUUUCUACUAACGAGAUUAAAAACCUUUUAUUGGAUAAUUCAAAUAAACAAACUGAAUUACCUGUACAUGUUAAAAAACCAUUUUUGGUCGACGAACAAUUAAAUAAAAAUAAAAAUACGGUGCCAAACAAUACCCCACAAAUGACAGAAACUAUCAGUGCUGGUACUGAUACCGAAGAUAAAGAACAUAUUAAUGGACAAGAAAUACAAAAACAAACGAAAGUACAAGAAACACAAAAUCUAAAAGUAAAAAAUAAACAAGAUAAAAUAAAAGAAUGCGUAGUAUUGAAAAAUACAGUAGACCUAGGUAUUCAAACUAAUUUUGCAGAUAUCAUUGCAAGCACCACCAGUACCUUGAAUAUGGCAGGACAACAAACUCAAAAAGCUUCAGCAAUUCCUCAAAAUACAAUAGAAAUACCAAAAAAUAUUGCCGAGAAAAAGAGGAAAAUUAAAUUAAAACGUAGUAGUUAUAAUCAAACUCCAAACCUUUAUACUGAAAAGAAACAGUUUAAAUGGCGCAGUAGAAGAAAAACAGCGCCUCCGCCCAUUGAACAGAAAUCAUCUCAUGUCGAAAUGUCUUAUACGGAGAAGAUUGAAUUCCCUAGAAAAAAUACGAGAGAUGACAUACAAACAGACAUUACUUCUAGGAAAGAUCCAACGUGUAGGGACAUCGAAACUAUUAUUUUGGAUGAAAGUUUCGGAAGUAGAGAGUCGAGUAUAAUUGCCGAUGUGAGGAACUCCGCCACUAAUCAAAAUAUAACAAUUGAUGAAACGUCAACUUCGGGAAUAAUAUCUAAUUCUGAUAGUAAUGUCGACGCUGAAAUUAAUAGCAGUUACUUGAGAAAAAGUCAACAGCAGAUAUGCAAUGGACAGACUCCGGAAAAACCUAUGUACAAAGUUGACAGUGUAGCUAUGGAAGAGUAUUUAAAAAUGAAGUGUGACGAAUGGGUUUCUAGAUUUAUUCAGAUAAUGGAAGAGGUGCUAAGUCAAGUUUUGCACCAAGACCCACCGUUUAUACAUAAAGAUAUGCCACCUCCUUGGACAUUGCACGAGGCAGCGCAAUGCGUUGCUAUAAAAUUCCGCAGUCUUCAGGAUAUUAACGAUGCCGCAAAUAAAUUAUCAAGCUUGCUCUUCAAUGUUAGUGAUGCCAAGGGCAAAAUUACGAUGAAUAUCACACCAUAUCAAUACAUGCAAAUGUAUAGUUAUGGUAUGCACUUGCUUGUUGCAAUAAAGAGGGUGAGUUCCAGUUGCGAAGAUAUACAAGUAGCAGUUGAAUUAUUGAAUAAACUUUUGUACGAUAUCAGAAACCCGAAUAUGGAUGACUCUUUUAUCGAUAAUACACAUGAGAACGUGUCGGGCAAUGAUUUAUCAGUAUCCUCAGUUGGACUAGAUAAAAAUGAUGGCAGUUUAUUACUUGGCCAAGGAGCCUUACAGCACGAAUCUGUAGAGUCCAAAAAAAGGAAACCCUCUGAGAAAGAAUUACCAACAGCUAUUAAAUUUGUACGAAAAAUUAAUAUAAAUUCUUCAUUCUUUAAAAAUUCGAGCCAUCGUAAAUGUAACACUUUAAAUAAUGGAAAUAAUUUAGUUAAAAUGAGUAAUUCAGCCAAAUCCAACUUACAAACAAUUGAAAGAAAACAGUCAAAUGGGGUUCAUUCAGUAGAAACCAAUAAUAUACAAGCAGCAAAUAAAGCUUCGAAAAAAUCUGCAGAUGAGUCAACCAAACAGCCAAAUGUUGUAAGAAAAUUCACGAUUUGUCCUGAGUUAGAAGCAAAAGUGCAAAGUAACAAAAAUAAAGGUCAUAAUGAUGAAGAAGACUAUGAUGACGACUGUGGUGAAUAUGUAUCUGAGGAAGAAUAUUGUUCCGAAGAAGGCAACAAUAGUUUGCAGCAUAACGGCGAAAAUAUUAGUAAAACAAAUGGUGUACUGGAAACUAAUAGGGAAUUAACCCCUACAAAUGUGGAAGUCGAUCCGCUGAUAGCAGAUGAAAAUACAAAAAGGUUCAAAUACAUAGCAAGUAAGCUUCUGCAAGAAAUAAAAAAGGCACUGUGUGAAGUACGCAUAUUAUGCAACCAGUGUUACAAAGAAUUGGAGAAGUCAGAGCAGUCGUCAGAGCUGAAAUGUGAAUUACAAAAAAUGGUCGAAAGAGCGCACUUACACAUUAUUCGUUUGUGUAGAUCGUUGGAAAGUGUGCUGGAUCGAGAGACGAAUCCUACCGAUAGUAUGUCUAAUUUAUUGAAGCAGGUUGAUAUUAACAUCAACCUUGUGGACCCAAGGCUACUUCAAGAGUACAGAUCAUCGGUCGCCAAGAGCAGGAAUCAGGCGAAUGAAUUCCUUAACUCAAUCCGGAAUGUAAUAUCUGCUUUUAACACUUGAAUAUUGUAUAUGAAGUUAAGACAAAACCUGUUUAACAAUAAUAAUAUUGUUCUAAUGUUUAUUGAAAUGUAAAUACUUUUGUUUUUUAUUAAAAGAGAAAGUUUUUAAAUAAAAA